AUGCUGGUGGUACACACUGUUCCUGGACCCAAGCUGGUGGUAGACAUUGUUCCUGGACCCAUGCUGGUGGUACACACUGUUCCUGGGCCCAAGCUGGUGGUAGACAUUGUUCCUGGACCCAUGCUGGUGGUACACACUGUUCCUGGACCCAAGCUGGUGGUAGACAUUGUUCCUGGACCCAUGCUGGUGGUACACACUGUUCCUGGGCCCAAGCUGGUGGUAGACAUUGUUCCUGGACCCAAGCUGGUGGUAGACAUUGUUCCUGGACCCAAGCUGGUGGUACACACUGUUCCUGGACCCAAGCUGGUGGUACACAUUGUUCCUGGACCCAAGCUUGUGGUAGACAUUGUUCCUGGACCCAAGCUGGUGGUACACAUUGUUCCUGGACCCAAGCUGGUGGUACACAUUGUUCCUGGACCCAUGCUGGUGGUACACAUUGUUCCUGGACCCAAGCUGGUGUUCCAUAUUCCUUACACAGCAUCUGCUCUCACCUACCAUCCACUGGAUGCCCAAGUAAUUAUCAAAGAAAGCACCAAGCUGGAUGCUCAAAAACCCCUGAACAGCUGA